GUGGAGGAAUGAGCUGGAGGUGGGGGUUGUAAUACAGGAGAUGAUACAAUGGAGGGGUAAGGGCAGAUGCGUUCUCCAGUACAAGCAACACGACUCACUGAGCAACUUAUCAAGACAAACACAACUUCAUCUCCAGCUUGCUGCAAGUUGAGGCACUGUAUAUUUCUGGAAAAUGAUACACUUUCCUCCUAAGGGUCCCUUUGAUUUUGUGCUUGUGGAGAGCAACAGCCAAAAAGAAAAACAUGAACUGUAACAUGUAGAUUUCAGCUGUAGUCUGAGUCAAGUGGACACGAGCCCCAAUUCUCUUCCUCAUCUUUCAGAUCACAGCAGACCCUGACCUCUCACUGCACAAUUCAGAGAUUGGCACCAGCCCGCAUCCAGUAAAUGUCUAUGCCAAGUGAACACAACCUGCUGGGGCAAGUAGUAGUCAAUCCUUCAUUCCUCCCUCCCUUUUUUCCUCCCCAUUUGACCUUCAAGGCUCUGGUUUCCUGCAAGUAGUGAAUUAUUCAUGUCUGCUUACAGAUACCAAAUCGCCCUUCCUGGGUUGCCAGCAGGGUGGGGCAGAGAGGCAGCUUUGUUCAGAGUCUGUAAAUAGGAGGAGCAACCUCCUUGUUCAAACAGCAUUUGCAGGUGGGUGCCUGCUUCUGCUAAGUCAUCCUGGGCAUGCUCAAAGUCCCACUGUGAGAUCCCUUCUGUCCUCCUUCCUGGCUCCUCCUUCCUCCCCAUCCCUUUGAUAGACUCAAGUGGGCUCCCGCCACUCUGUAGGGCUCACUGUGUGCUUCACCAUGGCUUACAUAGCCAAGUCCUUCUACGACCUUAGUGCCAUCAGCCUGGAUGGGGAGAAAGUAGAUUUCAAUACAUUCCGUGGCAGGGCAGUGCUGAUUGAGAAUGUGGCCUCGCUCUGAGGCACUACCACCCGGGACUUCACCCAGCUCAACGAGCUGCAAUGCCGCUUUCCCAGGCGCCUGGUGGUUCUUGGCUUCCCUUGCAACCAAUUUGGACAUCAGGAGAACUGUCAGAAUGAAGAGAUCCUGAACAGUCUCAAAUAUGUCCGCCCUGGGGGUGGCUACCAGCCCACCUUUACUCUUGUCCAAAAGUGUGAGGUGAACGGGCAGAAUGAGCAUCCCGUCUUCACCUACCUGAAGGACAAGCUCCCCUACCCUCAUGAUGACCCGUUUUCCCUCAUGACCGAUCCCAAGUUCAUCAUUUGGAGCCCUGUGCGCCGCUCAGAUGUGUCCUGGAACUUUGAGAAGUUCCUCAUAGGGCCAGAGGGGGAGCCUUUCCGGCGCUACAGCCGCACCUUCCCGACUAUCAACAUUGAGCCUGACAUCAAGCGCCUCCUCAAAGUUGCGAUAUAGACACGAGCUGCUCAGCACACAGAUCUACUCCAUCCAGUCCCUGAGUGUGCGCCCUCAGGAGACACUGCUGGACCUAAGCUUUCCCUUGACAUCAGUCCCCUUCACUGAAGAGCCUUGCCUUUCCUGUCUGCCUGUUCUUUUCCUCUCCCAGCCCUCUGGCUGGUGAUUCAACUUGGGCUCCAAGACUUGGGUAGACUCUGGGCCUUCGCAGAAUGAUGGCACCUUCCCGAAACCCUUAUGGGUGGUGUCUGAGAAGUGUGAAGGGUCUGGAGCCCCCCACUUCUGUAUGAGUCCAAUAAAGGGCAGGUGUGGAAAUGGC